AUGGAGAGCAACCCGUACGUGUUCAAGAGCCUCGUGCAGAUCUACGAGGAGUACCUGAACCUGAUGAUACACCGUGUGAAGGGUUACAAAGUGCUCAUCCUGGAUGACGAGACGAAGACGAUAAUUUCGCUGAUCUUCUCACACUCGUACAUUUUAGAGAAGGAGAUUUUCCUCACGUUGAAUUUUAACGACAGUAACAUUUUCGAAGAUGCAACAACCAGCAGCGGUGGAAAAAAUAACAAGUUCGAUUUUAAAAAUUACAAAAUAAAAAAUUUGAAACAUCUGAAGGCCAUUUUUUUAUUAAGGCCGACACAUAGCAACAUUCUGAAGUUAAUGAAGGAGCUCAGGAAGCCAAUAUUUCUGGAGUAUUAUCUCUUCUUCACCAAUGUCCUGAGCGAUAAGUACACAGAAAAGCUAGCCAAGGCGGAUGAGUUCGAAGUGGUAAAAAAUAUUAUGGAAUAUUACAUAGAUGCGUAUGUCCUGCAUGAUAAUUUGUUUUCCCUAAAUAUUGAUUACACGUCUUUUAUGUACAAAAGUGACGAUAAGCAUUGCCUCUCCGUUGGGGAUAGAGGUAGGAACAGGGGGAGGAAGAAGAAAGGUCCUUUUUUGAAAAAUACACCAGGUAUAAACUGGACGGAUGGAAACAAAUAUGAUAAGCUUACCAUUGAUGAGUUUGGACAAAUUGGGGAAGGAAAUAUGGACGCCUUCUCCAGUGCACCACUUCAAAGUAAUAGCGAUUACAAUGCCAGCACCAUUGCCGAUGAUGUGAGCAGCUAUUCCAGCUUUGCCCUGUUUGAAAAUCAAGUGGUCCAGAGGAUAGUGGACGGAGUUUUCUCCUUGCUUUGCUCCGUUAAGCAAGUGCCCGACAUUAUCUACAAUAGGAACUCCCCCAUUUGUAAGCACAUAAUUGACUUGUUGAAAAUUAAGAUGCUACGAAACGAAUCAGUCUUUUCUGGCGUGUUGGAUUCGUAUGAAAGGUACAAUGGAGAGGUGGAGAGGCAGAUAAAAAUGGCUAAUCAGCAGGGCGAACAUGGUAACUACCAGUUUAAUAGCAUCAUCGGGAAUCAGCCUCUAAACAUGGGGAGUGAGGGAAACUGUUGCUAUAUGCUAAUUCUGGACAGAAGGGAAGACCCCAUCACUCCGCUGCUAACCCAGUGGACCUACCAAGCGAUGCUGCACGAGCUGAUCGGCAUAGAGAACAACAAAAUAAAUAUGGGAGAUAAUUCGGAAGAACCUCAAAUAGUGAUGUCGUGCAUAUAUGACGAUUUCUACAAUGAGCAUUUGUUUGACAAUUUUGGAGACCUCGGAAAAGCUGUCAAAACGUAUGUGGAUAUGUACCAAGAGGAGACCUCUAGAAAGAGCAACCUAGAAUCAAUAGACGACAUUCAGAAGUUUAUAGAGAUUUAUCCAAAUUAUAAAAAGCUCUCUGGGAAUGUCACGAAACAUGUGAAUAUUCUCCACAAGUUUUCCGAAAUUGUAGAGAAGAGACAACUCUUUUACAUGUCCGAGCUAGAACAGUCCAUUGCCAUUUACGACAAAAAAAGUGAACACUUCAAGCAGGUCAUCGACACGAUUAGAAAUGGCAUAUACACUAAUUAUGAUGUGUUACGGCUGUCCUUGUUGUACACCCUCAAGUAUGAGGAUGAAGAAGAAGUCGAGAUGAUCAAAACGGAGUUGACCAAAAGGAAUAUAGACAAGGAUCAAGUGCUACUCAUAGAUGCCUUACUAAUGUAUGCCAGUGAAGAAGCAAGAAAUAACCAGCUAUUCAAGGAGCAGACAUUUUUGGACUUUGCAAAAACGACGAUAACCAGAACGAUCAAAGGAACCUCCAACGUUUUUACGCUACACAAAUCGUACAUUUAUUACCUCAUUGAAGAUUUGCUGAAAUCCAAGCUGGACAGUCAAACGUACACCACGACCAACUUGCUCAACAUCGAACCCAAUGUGAAUAAGCGAGUCAACUCCAUGAUUGUGUUCUUCAUCGGGGGGGCCACCUACGAGGAGUACCGCGACCUGCAGUAUCUGAGCAAGCGGUACAACAUUUCCUUUCUGCUUGGUGCUACCCAGCUACACAAUUCGCAGUCCUUCCUGGCAGACGCGCUGCAGCUGGUCAAGGACUAA